UGACUUCGAAUUUGUCAGUCAGCGUUCUGCAUUCCCGUCGAGUACGAAGGGAACCGUUCGGUGGAGGCAUUUUUAAUAUACAAUCUUCCUUUUUUAAGGAGAAUCGAAAGUUCGCGAGAAUGUUUCGUGUUCUCGUGUGCCUCUGCGCCGCGUUAGCGCUGGCUAACGCUGAUUUUGUAAGGAUUCCGAUGCACAAAAUAGACAGCGUCAGGAAGCAGUUCAAGGAGUUCGAUACAGAAAUGACUCAAACUCGUCUCGUCCAGGGAACCGAACUAGCUCCCGAGCCCCUUUCCAACUACCUCGACGCUCAGUAUUACGGCAUUAUCAAUAUCGGCACUCCACCUCAGGAAUUCAGGGUAGUCUUCGACACGGGUUCCUCGAACCUCUGGGUUCCCUCUAAAAAGUGCCAUCUGACCAACAUCGCUUGCAAGUUGCACCGCAAAUACGACAACACCAAGUCGUCCACUUACAAACGCAACGGCACCGACUUCGCCAUUCAUUACGGCUCCGGCAGUCUCUCCGGCUACUUAUCUACGGACACCCUAAGCAUCGCUGGAAUUAAUAUCGCUGAUCAGACGUUCGCGGAAGCCUUGAGCGAGCCCGGAGUGGCCUUCGUGGCUGCGAAAUUCGACGGAAUCUUGGGAAUGGGCUACUCCCAGAUCUCCGUAGACGGUGUGAUGCCGGUCUUCUACAACAUGGUCAAGCAAGGAUUGGUACCUCAGCCUGUGUUCAGCUUUUAUUUGAAUAGAGACCCUUCUGCUUCUUUUGGUGGAGAGAUGAUAUUGGGUGGCUCUGAUCCUGACCACUACGUAGGCCACUUCACAUACGUACCUGUGGACAAGAAAGGCUAUUGGCAAUUCAGAAUGGACAGCCUCCAGGUCGGCGACACCACGGUUUGCAAAGGAGGAUGCGAGGCUAUCGCAGACACAGGCACCUCUUUGAUCGCUGGUCCAGUCGACGAAGUGCGCGCCAUUAACGAGAAAAUCGGAGCUACUCCGAUCCUGGGUGGAGAGGCAAUGGUCGACUGUAACUUGAUUCCCAACUUGCCUACGAUUACCUUUACGUUGGGUGGUCACGCUUUCCCAUUGACUGGCGACGACUACGUCUUGAAGGUUACGCAAUUUGGAAAGACUGUCUGCUUGAGCGGAUUCAUGGGAAUGGACGUUCCUCCACCUCACGGUCCCCUAUGGAUCUUGGGAGACGUCUUCAUCGGCCGUUACUACACCGAAUUCGACAUGGGAAACAACCGCGUCGGUUUCGCCGUAGCUAAAUAGAUUAAAAGAAAUGCCUUUGAAAAGAGGAUACGCGUAAUCAUUUCAUCUUACCUUUAACGUAUUGGACGUUAUGUAUAUCUUCUAAGUUUGAUAAGAUAGCAUUUACUUGCCUCUCGCGUGUACAAUACUUAUAGGAAAACGGAAAAGAGUAACUGGCUUUAUCUUUAAACAAAAACGUGUAUGCAUAUGUGUACAUAUAUAUAUAUAUAUUAAAACUGUAAAGUACAUAAAAUGGAUUCCUCUAAGAACAACGCAAUAAACAAUUGUUUUUCACAUUACA